GAAGGAGCCAUGGCUCUGGACGGGAUAAGGAUGCCAGAUGGCUGCUACGCGGAUGGGACGUGGGAACUGAGCGUCCAUGUGACGGACCUGAACCGCGAUGUCACCCUUAGAGUGACUGGGGAGGUGCACAUCGGAGGGGUGAUGCUGAAGUUGGUGGAAAAACUCGAUGUGAAAAAAGAUUGGUCUGACCAUGCUCUGUGGUGGGAAAAGAAGAGAACUUGGCUGCUUAAGACACAUUGGACCUUGGAUAAGUACGGUAUCCAGGCAGAUGCCAAGCUCCAGUUCACCCCCCAACACAAACUGCUCCGCCUGCAACUUCCCAACAUGAAGUACGUGAAGGUGAAAGUGAAUUUCUCUGAUAGAGUCUUCAAAGCAGUUUCUGACAUCUGCAAGACUUUCAAUAUAAGACACCCCGAAGAACUGUCUCUCUUAAAAAAACCCAGAGAUCCAACGAAGAAAAAAAAGAAAAAGCUAGAUGAGCAGUCUGAAGAUGAAGCACUUGAAUUGGAAGGGCCUCUUAUCACUCCUGGAUCAGGAAGUAUAUACUCCAGCCCAGGACUUUAUAGUAAAACAAUGACCCCUACUUAUGACGCCCAUGAUGGAAGCCCCUUGUCACCAACUUCUGCUUGGUUUGGUGACAGUGCCCUGUCAGAAGGCAAUCCUGGUAUACUUGCUGUCAGUCAACCAGUAACAUCACCAGAAAUCUUGGCAAAAAUGUUCAAGCCUCAAGCUCUUCUUGAUAAAGCAAAAACCAACCAAGGGUGGCUCGACUCCUCCAGGUCUCUAAUGGAGCAAGACGUGAAGGAGAGUGAGGCCUUGCUGCUCCGAUUCAAGUAUUACAGCUUUUUUGACUUGAAUCCAAAGUACGAUGCAGUCAGAAUCAAUCAGCUUUACGAGCAGGCCAAAUGGGCUGUUCUCCUAGAAGAAAUCGAAUGCACCGAAGAAGAAACAAUGAUGUUUGCAGCCUUGCAGUAUCACAUCAACAAGCUGUCAAUCAUGACAUCAGAAAACCAUUUGAACAACAGUGACAAAGAAGUGGAUGAGGUUGAUGCUGCCCUUUCUGACCUGGAGAUUACUUUGGAAGGCGGGAAAACUUCAACAAUUCUGGGUGACAUUACCUCCAUUCCGGAACUUGCCGACUAUAUUAAAGUUUUCAAGCCCAAAAAGCUGACUUUAAAAGGCUACAAGCAAUAUUGGUGCACUUUCAAAGAUACAUCUAUUUCUUGCUAUAAGAGCAGAGAAGAAUCAAGUGGCACUCCUGCUCAUCAGAUGAACCUACGAGGAUGUGAAGUUACCCCAGAUGUAAACAUUUCAGGCCAAAAAUUUAACAUAAAACUCCUAAUUCCGGUUGCAGAGGGCAUGAAUGAAAUCUGGCUUCGUUGUGAUAAUGAAAAACAGUAUGCACACUGGAUGGCAGCCUGCAGGUUAGCUUCCAAAGGCAAGACCAUGGCGGACAGUUCUUACAAUUUAGAAGUGCAGAAUAUUCUUUCCUUCCUAAAGAUGCAGCAUCUGAACCCAGAUCCUCAGUUAAUACCAGAGCAAAUCACAACUGACAUCAAUCCUGAAUGUUUGGUGUCCCCUCGCUACCUGAAAAAGUACAAGAACAAACAGCCAGGCUAUGUAAGAGAUUUGAUAACAGCGAGAAUCUUGGAAGCCCAUCAGAAUGUAGCUCAAAUGAGUCUAAUUGAAGCCAAGAUGAGAUUCAUUCAAGCUUGGCAGUCGCUACCUGAAUUCGGCAUCACACACUUCAUCGCCAGGUUUCAAGGAGGCAAAAAAGAAGAACUUAUUGGAAUUGCAUACAACAGGUUGAUUAGGAUGGAUGCCAACACGGGGGAUGCCAUUAAAACAUGGCGAUUCAGCAACAUGAAGCAGUGGAAUGUAAACUGGGAGAUCAAAAUGGUCACUGUAGAAUUUGCAGAUGAAGUCCGGUUGUCGUUCAUCUGUACCGAAGUCGACUGCAAAGUGGUCCAUGAGUUCAUCGGUGGCUACAUAUUUCUCUCAACCCGUGCGAAAGACCAAAAUGAGAGUUUAGAUGAGGAGAUGUUCUACAAACUCACCAGUGGUUGGGUGUAAAUAGAAAUACUAUGCAAUGAAACUCCACAGCCAUAACCAUAUUUAACUUUAAAGCUAUUGUUUGUUUAUAUGCUGCUUAAUAAAGUGAGCUUGAAAUUUAUCAUUUUAUCAUGAAAAAUUUUUGCCUUACCAGACCGGUUAAUAUGUGCACUAACAAGCACGACUAUUAAUCUAUCAUGAUGCAAUAUGUGGACUGUUGCAUAUGGCACAUUCCUUAGGGCCAUGAAUUUAAAGCUGAUACAGCGGGUAAAUCAGGAGCUGGCCAUUGCUGAUUGACACUAGCCAAACCAAGAAACAAGCCAUCUACUCCAAAGUUACCUGAGCUUAAUCUAUAUGAAGUCUAUUUAUCAUGUUUAAUGCAUGUGUUUAAUGUGUGUUUAAUUUGAUGUCCUGUUUUAAAAUAUCCUACUUCUGGUAGCCAAUUCAUCCUUCCCCCAAUUCAAAAUCAGGUUUGCAAUAGAUACCUGAUAUUUAAUGAUGUCAAUGACCUUGAAGGAAAAUGCUGUUAGUCUGUUAUGCUUGGUCUAUUUUUGUCCUUGAAUAAGCAUGUUGUAUAUUGUCUUGUGUUUCUAUUUUUACACCAUAUUGUAUUACACUCUUAGUAUUCACCAGCAUAUUCACUAUCUGCCUAAAAUAUGCAACUUUUGCAUUACCGUAUGAAGUAAAGGUCUAUGAAGUAUGCAUUUUGUGUAACUAAUGUACAAACACAAAUUUUAUAAAAUUGUACAGUUUUUUUAAACUAUUCACAACUAGAAAAUGGCUUAAAUGUAGCAUCCUUGCAUUAAUUAAAUGCUUUUAAAGGAUAUAAUAUGCAGUUUUUCAGUAUCUGCUAAAUUAAGAAUGUCUUCAUGAUGGUCAUGACUUACCAUGAUGUCCUUAACGCUCAUGCCUGGACUGGCCUCAUUCCGGUCCACUGCGCUGUUACAAUCUGCAUUGGUGCUAGUCAGAAAAUUCCUAGCUCAUGAGCCCAAAAGGGUGCCAGGGAGGGGCGGAUCUACCAGUAUUGUCCAAUAAUCCAUGAUUUAAAGACUAUAUAAAUGCAUUUUAUUUUAAAUAAAAGCAAACCUUUUAUUUAC